AUGUCUCCUGAGGACAACAUGUCGAACUCUCCAGAUUUUUCGCCCUCAGAUUCGCCCACUAUGCAGUCCCUCGUGCUCCCAGUGGAGGUCAUCGAGGGCAUCAUCGACUGCUGCUCCUAUUACACGGACACACUACUCGCUUUUGCUCUCACUUGCCGUGACCUUCAUCCUCGUAGCAUCCUCGUUCUCUUCACGGAGGUGCUUCUCAGCGUGAAUGAGGAGAUCACAAAAUCGUUGCUCGGGAUAGCUCCACCACCGGAGACUACCCGCUCGCUUCACACCCUCAAUCACCGUCGUUCGUACCUCAUCUUCUCAUACUCAUCCUAA